GCACACAGAAACAGGAGCUGCUCAAUUUUUCUCCUCCUAAAAAUGCUCAAUUUCUCAUCGCUUCGUACAGCUUUCAGUCCCAUCCUCUGAAUGGACUUACGAUGAACGACCCAGAUCUGUGUGUCUUAAGGAGGAGUCUUCCACGCAGCAGGCGAAAGGGGGCUGCGAAUGGCUCCAAAAGAAACCUGGAGCUCUUUCUUCAGACUCUUUCUUUGCUUUCUUCUCUCACUGGUACUGCAAGUUUCAGAAUACAGAAUCCUCACCAGGAGAAGUUGAACGGGAUCCUGGGAGGCUCUGUGUUGCUCCCUGUAAGUAUUCCCCCUGUGGAAACAGUGAAGACGAUCGAGUGGGAUUUCCAGGGGGAAAAUGGUUUGAUAUUUCAGCUGGCUGAAUUGAGGGAAGGAAGACUGCAGAGGCCCAAUCCAAGGGACAGGUUUGGGCCAAGAUUGGAGAUGGCCAAUGAGACCACCCUGAGGAUCAAAGACUUGGAAAUGGGUGACAGUGGCAUAUAUUCCAUUAGAGUGAGGUUUAUUUCAAAAAAGUAUGCAGAUUACACCUUCCACCUCUCUGUGUAUGAACCAGUCCCAGAACCAAAAAUCCUCUCCCGAGUUGUCUCCAACAGCCCAGAUGGCUGCAAUGUGACCCUGCAGUGCCAGGUGCCUGGAAAGAGGGGAUUCAACAUCUCCUGGAAAAGAGGGGGUGCCUUCAGGGACAUAGAAGAUGGUUCAAAGUCAUACCACCUCUCUGGCAAUGGCAAGGAUCUCCACUUGUUCUGGAAACUCAACUCCUCAGAUCCCAACAUCACCUGCCUGGUCACCAAUCCAGUUGAUCAGAACAGCAUCUCCUCCAGCUUGCUGGACAUCUGCCAAACUGAAGUGGUUUACAAAGGAAUCUAG